GGGGCCCGCGCGUAUAAAGGGGGCGCAGGCGGGCUGGGCGUUCCACAGGCCAAGUGCGCUGUGCUCGAGGGGUGCCAGCCAGGUCUGAGCGAGCGAGCGAGCCAGCAGGCAUCGAGGGGGCGCGGCUGCCUGCCGAACGAGACAGACGAACCCGACGCAGGAGAGUCCACCACCGGACAGCCAGCACAUCCACGAUGGAGCGUCUUGUCGCCCGUGGGACCUUCCCGGUACUUGUGCGCACCAGCGCCUGCCGCAGCCUCUUCGGGCCAGUGGACCACGAGGAGUUGAGCCGCGAGCUGCAGGCUCGCCUGGCCGAGCUGAACGCCGAGGACCAGAACCGCUGGGAUUACGACUUCCAGCAGGACAUGCCGCUGCGGGGCCCAGGACGCCUGCAGUGGACCGAAGUGGACAGCGACUCGGUGCCCGCGUUCUACCGCGAGACGGUGCAGAUUUCUUCGCCAAGCGCAAGAGAUCAGCGCCUGAGAAGUCGUCGGGCGAUGUCCCCGCGCCGUGUCCCUCUCCCAGCGCCGCCCCUGGAGUGGGCUCGGUGGAGCAGACCCCGCGCAAGAGGCUGCGGUGAGCGAAUUUAGAGCCCAAAGAGCCCCGAGGGAACCUGCCGGGGCAGCGGACGUUGGAAGGGCGCUGGGCCUCGGCUGGGACCGUUCAUGUAGCAGCAACCGGCGGCGGCUGCCGCAGAGCAGCGUUCGGUUUUGUGUUUAAAUUUUGAAAACUGUGCAAUGUAUUAAUAACGUCUUUUUAUAUCUAAAUGUAUUCUGCACGAGAAGGUACACUGGUCCCAAGGUGUAAAGCUUUAAGAGUCAUUUAUAUAAAAUGUUUAAUCUCUGCUGAAACUCAGUGCAAAAAAAAAGAAAAAAGAAAAAAAAAAAGGAAAAAAUAAAAAAACCAUGUAUAUUUGUACAAAAAGUUUUUAAAGUUAUACUAACUUAUAUUUUCUAUUUAUGUCCAGGCGUGGACCGCUCUGCCACGCACUAGCUUGGUUAUUGGUUAUGCCAAAGGCACUCUCCAUCUCCCACACGCGGUUAUUGACAAGUGUAACUUUAUUCUCAUCGCGGACUCUGGGGAAAGGGGUCACUCACAAGCUGUAGCUGCCAUACAUACCCAUCUAGCUUGCAGUCUCUUCGCGCUUUCGCUCGCUCUCUUAUUAUUACUGUGUUUAUCUUAAACUUGAAGACAAAUCUGUUAAAAUGGUUCCUGAGCCGUCUGUACCACUGCCCCGGCCCCUCGUCCGCCGGGUUCUAAAUAAAGAGGCCGAAAAAUGCUGCAA